AAGCGCUGGUGCGUCGAUCAUCUGUUCUCGGCUCCACGAGCGACCUUGCGUCCCCGAAGCGAAACAAGACCAGCCGAGACCCGAGCGAAAAAAAAGUCUUUUGUUUUAAGUUUCAAUCUUUAAAUCAAUCUGUAAAUCAGAAACGGCGCCGAUUGUCGAGGAGUGGACCUGAAAAUUGAAUGUAUUCGCCAAAUCCGAAACGCCCGAGGUGAAAAGGAGCAACGUCGUACCGGUGGAAGACGUCCGCUCUCGGCAAAUCGGCCUCAGCCCGUCACCUUUCGCGUUUCCCCCUUCUGGAUCUCUUUAUUUGAAGAUGUCGACCGAGAAGAGCGCCCAGCCGACGUCCAACAACCCUCUGGAGCAGUUCGUGAUCCUGGCCAAGGCGACCCACGGAGCGGCCACCGUCGAGCUCGUGAGGCAGGUUCUCGCCGCGCCGGGUGUCCACGUCUUCGGCGAACUGCUCGAUAUGCCCAGCAUCAAAGAGCUGGAGAAAGGCCCUCAUGCUAGUUCGUAUCACACUUUAAACCUAUUUGCCUACGGAACGUACAGGGAAUAUUUAGAAAGUAAGGCGAAAUUCCUUGAUUUAACACCGGUCGAGAAAAAAAAGCUCCAGCACCUCACGAUUGUCACACUCGCCACUAAAUUGAAAUGCAUUCCGUAUAAAUUACUUCUGACUGAGUUGGACAUUAAGAAUGUUAGGGAUUUAGAGGAUCUUAUAAUCGAAGCAAUUUAUGCAGACAUAAUUCAUGGGAAACUGGACCAAAAAAAUAGUCAGCUGGAAGUCGACUAUGCGAUAGGACGGGAUACGAGGGAAGCAGAUCUCGGCACGAUAAUUAAAACGUUGCAGGAAUGGUGCGAUUCUUGUGAAGCUGUUUUGUCCUCUGUUGAAACGCAAAUGAACCGAGCCAACGCACAGAAAAACAGGGCGAUCAAACAUAGAGACGCCAUUGAAACUGAGAUAACGAACAUUAAGAAGACGCUCAAAACACAGUCCCAAGACGUUGACGAGGCAAUGGCGACCGACUCGAGGGAAGCUACCGCUCAGGGAGACAAGAUAAAGAGGUCAAUGAAGUCAAAAGUGCUUAGAGAAAUCAUUCAGCCAGAAUAUUGAUCUUUUAAUGGACGUGCAUUUUUUGAAAUGGUCUGGCCGAGGUCGAAGUAAAAAAUAAGACUUGUUUUUAUAGAGGAUUCUACAUUUAGUUUUGUUAAAUUUAAAAUAAAAUUUUCAGUUCUGGCAGAAUUUAAAUAAAUGUUUUUUCAAGAUAAUUUAUA